UGCAAUUAGUUAUAUAUCAGUCGCAUAUAUAAAUACAGCAGCUCUGUUCAGAAAAUAAAAUUAGUAAAUAUAAAUAAAAACAGUGACAAAAACAAACUUACAAUCUAAAGAAUCCUAUCUUCUCUUCCAUUUCCUUCUUCAUUUUCUGUAUACAUAUGCAAAAUAUGCACUAGCACUAAAACACCACCACACUGCUUCCCUUGUCUUUCUCCUUUCAAGAAAAUAUCCAAACCCAUUAAUGUGCCUCUCUCUCACACUUCCCAUUGCAGUAAAUGCUAACCUCUCUUAUCAGUUCUGUUCACUGUACGGUCGUUUUCAACUACCUCCUUUCAAUUAUAUAAUCUUUUCACACUUGCCAUUCUCGCAUUUAUUAUAGACAUUCAUACCAGAACUACAUUGCUGGUUUUAGCUCUGAAAAUCUUAGUUCCUCUUUUCAAGGUUUUGUCCCGUCUCUUUUUUUGCUUCUCUCUUCCAUUGGCUUUGGCUAAAGGUUUUGCUUGUUUUGUGUUUUUUCUUGACAGUAUCCUAACUGCAUUCUUUGUUUCGUUAACUUUCUUUCUUUAUUUUCUAGCUCAUGGGUUUCGACAACUCUGCUUAACCGCUUGCCAUUUUACGAAAAAAGUGAAUUCUUUAAUUUUUCCCAAGAGAAUUAGCCUCUUUUGAUUCCUGGGUUUCCUCGAAUUAGGUGAAAAGUCAGCAUCUUUUUAUGUCUUAUGAUUCGGGUCUAAAUUUCCUGAAUUCUCUUCUUGAGUUGGUUUGGGUUUAAACAGAGCUUCGUUUUUCUGUUUUAAUGGUUCUGUUUUUCAGUCUCUUGCAUUCAUCUUCCUUCUCGGGUUUUGGUUCACCUUAGUGAAACGCAUAAAGUCUGGGCCUUGAGAAUAGUCCUCAAUGGGGUUGGUAAAUUGGUUUCUCAUACUGUUUCUUUCAUGGGCAUUCCUUAUCCCUAGGACCCAUGAGUUACAAACCUAUCAAUAUCAGCUUUUACUACAGGUCAGGAAGCAUUUGGAGUACCCUUCACAAUUGGAUAUAUGGGGAAGUUACAGUGGAGAACCUUGCAACCUGCCUUCAACUUUGUAUAUGAGCAUCAUUUGCAAGGACAAUGUUAUAACUGAGCUUAAAAUUAAGGGUGAUAAGAUUGUAAGGGUUAGCGACUUCAAUGGAUUUGCAAUUCCUGGUCCGACUUUAUCUCAGAGUUUCUCUAUUGAUUCUCUUGUUACAACAUUGGCAAGAUUAACCAGCUUGAGAGUUGUUAGCUUAGUUUCUUUGGGGAUUUGGGGACCACUUCCUGAUAAGAUUCACAGGCUAUAUUCACUUGAAUUCUUGGACUUGAGCUCAAAUUUUUUGUUUGGUUCAGUUCCUCCCCAAAUAUCAAGACUGGUUAAGCUUAAUUCUUUGGUAUUAGAUGGGAAUUAUUUCAAUGGAUCUAUCCCGGAUUGGUUGGAUUCCUUGUCGAAUCUCACUGUUUUGAGCUUAAAGAAUAACCGGUUUAAGGGACAGUUUCCUUCUUCAAUAUGCAGAAUUUCCACAUUAACUGAUAUUGCCUUCUGUCACAAUCAGCUUACUGGUACAUUGCCUGAUUUGAGUGCCUUAACUAGCCUGCAUGUGUUGGAUUUAAGAGAGAACAAUUUAGAUUCUGACUUACCUACAAUGCCUAAAGGGUUGAUUACAAUUCUCCUAAGCAAUAAUUCCUUCUCAGGGAAAAUUCGUGCACAAUUUGAUCAGUUGAGUCAACUUCAACAUCUUGAUUUGUCAUUAAAUCGUCUGAGUGGAACACCUCCAUCUUCCCUGUUCUCUUUGCCAAACAUCAGGUAUUUGAACUUAGCUUCAAAUAUGCUCAGUGGAUCACUUCCAGACCAUCUCAGUUGUGGUUCCAACCUUGGGUUCGUGGAUAUUUCUACAAACAAAUUCAUUGGUGGACUUCCCUCUUGCUUGGGCAGUAUGUCAAACAAGAGAGCAAUUAAGUUUGGUGGGAAUUGUUUAUCCAUUAAUGGCCAAUAUCAGCAUCAAGAGCCAUACUGUGAAGAGGCCAAUAUAGAGGCAAAGCAAUCAAGAGGUAGAGCGGUAGGAACGUUGGUUGCUGUCAUUGGAGGAGCAGUUCUUGUUAUGGUGCUUGUGGCAUUAGGAGUUCUGUUUUUUUGCAGAAGAUACAGUUCUAGAAGAACAUUUGAGCAAAAUAUAUUCGCCAAGGCUGUGCAAGAUAAUGCGCCCACUGCAGUUUCCUCCGAAGUUCUUGCAAAUGCCAGAUUCAUUUCUCAAACAGCCAAGCUUGGUACACAAGGUGCCCCAGUACACCGUGUGUUUUCCUUUGAAGAAUUGACAGAAGCCACAAACAACUUUGAUUCAUCAACAUUUAUGGGGGAAGGCUCCAUUGGAAAGAUUUACAGAGGAAGAUUGGAGAAUGGCACCAAUGUUGCUAUACGGUCUCUGACUUUAUUGAAGAAAAAUUCAAUUCAAAAUCUUAAAGUUCGGCUGGAUUUACUUUCAAAGCUUCAUCAUCCACAUUUGGUUGGUCUCUUGGGUUAUUGCAUUGACAGCUGUGGACUAGAUGAUUUAAGUGGCAUCAAAGUCUUCCUUAUUUACGAAUAUGUAUCUAAUGGAAACUAUCGUGCCCAUCUGUCAGAAACUUGCCCUGAAAAAGUCCUCAAGUGGUCGCACAGAUUGGCAAUUCUUAUUGGUGUUGCUAAGGCUGUGCAUUUUCUACAUACUGGGGUGAUUCCUGGUACUCUCAACAAUCGACUCAAAACAAACAAUAUAUUGCUUGAUGAGCAUCGGAUUGCGAAACUGAGUGACUAUGGCAUGGCUGUAAUGACAGAAGAGAUUGAAAAACUAGAGGUGAAGGCGGAGACCCAAAAAUCACGUUACAGGACAAACUUAGAGGAUGAUGUUUACAACUUUGGGUUUGUACUUCUUGAAUCGCUUGUCGGCCCCAUAGUAACUGGGAAAGGAGAAGCCUUUCUGCUCAAUGAAAUGGCAUCAUUUGGCAGCCAGGAUGGAAGAAGGCGUAUUGUGGACCCAGUUGUCUUAACCACAUGCUCACAGGAAUCAUUAUCAAUUGUGGUCUCUAUCACAAGCAAAUGCAUUUCUCCUGAGCCUUCAUCUCGUCCUUCUUUUGAGGAUGUCCUGUGGAACUUGCAAUAUGCAGCUCAAGUCCAGGCCACAGCUGAUGCCGAUCAAAAAUCAGAUUCUACGUCACAGUCAUAAGUAAUGCAGAUUAAACCUCUGGCUACAAUCUCAAUUAGGCUUAAAUUACUAUUACUUUUGUAGUGAUCCCAAUACCCAAAAGAGGUUAAAUACCAAAGUUGUGGAGAAAGAAUCAAGUCCUGAAAAGGUAGCCCUAACCUUGUCUCUAGAAGCAAACUAUCCACAUAAAAAGCAACUGGGCUAGCGGUUGGAACUGAAGGUAAGGUUGCCCUUCCAGUUCAUGUAGAGCAUGUUGCCCAUUGUACAAGUAUUUCCUGAAGAUUGGAUUAAGUAUGUUGAAAUUAGAAAUGUUAUUUGUUCCUAUGUUGUUGAGAGUUGUCAGGUAGAACUUUUAAUCUUAAGCAAAGGAAGGAGGGCAGUCAAAUCCUACCAGGAGGAUAAAAAAUAUAAAAAGAACAAAAGGACUCUUGAAAUAUACAGUUACUAAGAAGACAAAAAAUCAUAAAACAUAGUAUUUGGUUAUUCUUGGA